GCUAGCUCAUUAUCAGGCAGCCAUCUUGGUCAACACCCACUCUGCUGUCUGUCAGAGGAGCAGCGACUCACUGCCUGCACACAACCAAUCCUGUGAGGGCUAGCCGAAACGAGAGGAGAGGGGCAGAGGCAGAGCCCACCAAAGGAGAGGCUGUCAUUCCAGCGGAGCAGAGACCUAGCGCUGUUAUCCCAGUACCCAGGCCGCGCCCAGGCAGAGACCUAGCGUUGUUAUCCCAGGCCCGCGCUGCGGAGGAGAGAGCAGGGCUGCAGCUUUUGUUGAGACAAGACGCACACUGGCUUUUUCUCCUCACUCCUCCGUUAAAAACGGGAGUGCGUGAAGGGGGGAGGAGGCACGGAGAGGAAGAAGAGAAAUAACACCAUCCUUUUAUAUCUGGGGAGACUGCUGUCGUUCAGCACAAAUUCUCUCCAUCCCCCCUCUUUGCGGCCUUUGCGUCGCCUGGACAGAGAGAGCGUUCCUGCUUUGUUGCCGUUCGUCUCUCAGCCCCUCUAUUCGCUGAGUCAUCAUGGCAGACGUGACGCCUCAGGCCGAUGCCCCGACCCCCACCACUGACAAGAUCACGCAGGCGGCCCGGGAGACCAUCUAUCUGUGUAACUUCCGCGUGUCGGUGGACGGAGAAUGGCUCUGUCUCAGGGAGCUCAACGACAUCUCUCUCACCCCAGACCCAGAGCCAGCCCACGAAGAUCCGAAGGACCCUAUAGCCAUCGAGCGGUUGAACCUGAUGAACAUGGCUAAGAUGAGUAUCAAGGGUCUGAUUGAGUCGGCCCUGAACCUGGGCAGAACCCUGGACUCGGACUACGCUCCGCUACAGCAGUUCUUCGUGGUCAUGGAGCACUGCCUCAAACACGGACUCAAAACCAAGAAGACGUUCCUGGGGCAGAACAAGUCUUUCUGGGGGGCCUUGGAGCUGGUGGAGAAACUCACCCCUGAGGCUGGAGAGAUCACUGCCAGCGUCAAAGACCUGCCAGGACUCAAAACCCCGUUAGGAAGAGGGCGGGCCUGGCUGCGAUUGGCCCUGAUGCAGAAGAAGCUGUCAGACUACAUGAAGACCAUCAUCAACAGGAAGGACCUGCUCAGUGAGUUCUACGAGGCCAACGCUCUCAUGAUGGAGGAGGAGGGAGCCGUGAUCGCCGGACUGCUGGUUGGGUUGAACGUCAUCGAUGCCAACCUCUGUAUGAAGGGAGAAGACCUGGACUCACAGGUCGGGGUGAUCGACUUCUCCAUGUAUCUUAAGGACGGGGGUCACAGCAGCAAGACGGUAGAAGGGGAUGGCCAGAUCGCAGCCAUCCUGGACCAGAAGAACUAUGUUGAGGAGCUCAACAGACACCUGAGUGCUUCAGUCAACAGCCUGCAGGUCAAAGUGGAUACCAUGGAGAAGUCCAACACCAAGCUCACUGAAGAGGUGCUUGCAGUAGCCAACAACAGGAUCAUCACCCUACAAGAGGACGUAGAACGAGUCAAGGAGGAGAGUUCCUACCAGCUGGAGUCCAGUCGCAAGGCGUCGCGGUCAGGGGACGGCUUGGCGGACGGCCAGGUGCUGGGGGAGGCGCGCAAACAACUUAAGGAGGAAACUCUGCUACGAUUGGAUGUAGAGAAGGAGUUGGAGGUUCAGAUUGGUAUGAAGCAGGAAAUGGAGCUGUCUAUGAAGAUGUUAGAGACGGAUAUGUGUGAGAAACAGGAUGCUCUGGUGGAGCUCCGACAGCAGCUAGAUGAUCUGCGGACCCUCAACCUGCAGCUGGCGCAGAAGUCCCAGAGCUCGGAGGUGAGCGCCAAGCAGAAGAGUGAGGUCAUCAGUCGCCUAGAGGAGAAGACCAAUCAGAUGGCUGGGACUAUAAAACAGCUAGAGAUCAGAUCCCGUCAGGCGGAGAGGGAGCGAGACCAGGCUGCGGAGGAUAAUAAACUGUUUAAACAGGAGUUUGGAGACAAGAUAGACUCUCUACAGCUGGAGGUGGAACGACUACGGAAACACAGAUGGAGUCUGGAGCAGGAGCUGAGGAAGGAGAGAGAGCAGGGAGGUGGUGGCCCGUACAUACACCCUGGGGAGAAGAGGACCUCAACACCCCACGGAGACCCCAGACAGGUGGACGACAUCAGGAAGGAACUGGAGGCCGUCAAAAAGGAGAAGGAGCAACUGUGCCAAAUCUUGGAGGACAAGAGCAGUCUGGGCUCAAACAUGUCAUUCUCACAAAACCAGGAUGAACAGGACCAGUCUUGUCUUGAGAUCCACCAGGCAUUUAUCUGCUCUCUCUGUGAACAGGACGAGUCCAUGACUAAGACCAAGAGACGGUGUGCUAACUGUCGAGGGGUGUUCUGUGACCUCUGUCUGACCAAUGAGCUUCCUCUUCCCUCUUCCAUCAACCCUGAACACGUCUGUGACACCUGCUACUCUCAGCUACUGCAGCAGUAUGCCUCCAGCCCAUCCUGAGACUCACACUUCCUCAUCUCUCUGGAAUGCAGUGUCAUUCACUGACAAAAUAUCUAAAAGGGACAGACUAACUUUCUGUCUGACAUCUUAACGCUGAGAUAUGAAACUUUUUGGGGGGGGUUUGACCGAUUUCACAUAGAAAUGCGAGUUAUAGAUCUGUCAUUCUCAUUGAAAGUCAGUCUAAGAAGCGUUAGAUCUGUUCUAUGCGGACUAUUUCUAUGCUUCCCAUUUUUUGUUUUUGCAUCUUUCACUUUCUUUUCUUUUUUUUUUACACCAGCUUGAAAAUACAAUAUAUUUGGUUAUGGAAAAGAUAUUUCACUGGUUUGGAUUGAACAAUGAUUCCUCUACAUUAUAUAUAAGAUUGUUUUGUCACAAACUGAAAUUAGACUUUUUAGCAAUAAGGAAAUGGCGGAGCGAUUUCUACACAGUGCAGCUUUAACUUCCUGGAAAACGGACUUUAAGCUUCUCAUCUCGAAUGGUUUCAGACGUCCGACGAACUUCAAUGACGCCAUGAAAAGGUAUAUAUUUUCAUAGCCUGGUCUCAGAUCUGUUUGUGCUAUUCAAACCAUGUUUGGCAUAUUGGAAUGAUUUGCACAAACCGUUCAGGUCCCAGGUUGUGUUCUCUAGGUUAGGUGAAAAGUAAUUUUGCAUCAUGUGUAGGUAUCUGAACUGAACACAGUAUUUAUUCAGUUACUUGUGGCUUUUUACUCAAAACAUUUAUUGUGACACAUUCAAAGUAGGGUUGAUAUUUUUAUCAGAUAUGACAUUUUGGUGAAACAUUGAAUUAUUUUUGUUCAUGGUUGAUCUAAACCUGGUGCAAAGCUUUGGUUUGACAACAGUGGGACAAAAUGCAACAUUGGCUAACUUUUUAAUUAAGAAAUUAAAAUAAUUUAAAAUUUAAAAAAGGGAUUCUAUUGAUUAUCUGCCAGCUCUGUAAUUAUCUGGGUGAUGUUAGAGACAGAAUUUAUCUGAUUCUCAAGAUGUAAAUGUUUCUUUACUCAACAAUAAACUGAAGUUUUUCCAA